CCCCGCGCCCUAGAGCAACAUUUGGACAACCCAGGCAACUGGCAUGAAGGUAUAAUAUUAAAAAUAAUUAUAAAACUUUUACAUAAACGUUUAUUUGUACAGUGGAGUCCUAAUGGUACGGCAUGGUAGGUCAAUGAGUAAGUUAAACAAAAAAGAAUCCCUGAAUGCUGACUAUUAUUGAUUCAGUGUUUAACCCUGCCUAAAAAUUAUAAACACUCUGUAUGGGUAUUUAUGAGGAAAUCGCCGAAUUGAUGAAAAACGCAUGACGAAAACGAGGUCCGCAGGCAGCAAAAGAGAGGCUCACUAUUUGUGAACAGUAAACAAAGGAUUGGCGCCGUGUAGAGCUUCCAACAUAAACUGCAGCGCCGCUGUCGUCUUACUUCUGAAGCUUGCCGGCUCUCAUGACCAGUCUCCCCUCCUAUCUGUGGGCAAGUUGUAUACAAUUAGCAUUACAAAUGUUGUAGCGUCAAUGCAUACCAAAAGGGAAAAGGCCUCAUUUCCGGUUCCGGUUAGUGCCCGUCGUUCAAAAACGCCUUACCCCAGUGUUAGUACGAAAAUAGCCUGCGAGCAAGCUCUUCGCUCUUUCUUUUGGCCCCCUGCCACCAGAGCGUCUCAGAGAGUUUGCUCGCAGGCUAAUACGAAGAAGAAAAGUCGGCGCAUAUUUUGCGUAUUUUUCUUUCUGUUAGCGUUCUUAGCUAGAUACUACCUUAGUACUUCUUGAACUUGUAAAAUUCCCUUUAUCAGUUGAAACCUCAAACCCCACUGGAUGAAUAAUAAUUUUAAUUUUAAGCAAGUAAUCAUUAAAAACCUUUGAUUGCCGAAUGAAGUAAACUGUUUGGUAGGAGAUCAGACAAGGUGCGGAAAUUGGUGGUCGAUGUGGAAAAGCAAUUUCCCAAAAAUUAGGGUGCAAAAUAUUGAAGUACCGAAUGCUACGAAAAGAAUUGGAUUGAAGUUUCAUUUUGUUUGCUUCGUAACACAGUUUCUGCGCCAUUCCGCAGGGGCCAUAAUUUUCUGACGAAAAUUGAAAUAAAUGAUUAUCUAGCUAGAUUUACAUCACUAAUUUGGUGCUGAAGUUGUUGUAUUUGGUUUGAAAGCUAUGGUCUACUCUAGUCUAUGAUGGCCUAUACCGGGAGGCUCCGCCCGAACGGGAUAUCUUUUUCAGGCUUCAGGUGUACGAAAGGGUAGGGAUUUCACUAGGGAAAUUUGUUUCAGCCAAUCAGAAGCACUACCCAGAUCUGAGUAGUGACGCGUCAUCAGUAUGGAAUUUCUGCGCUUGUUUCUCAGACGUCAUUUCGCGGGAAAACCGUUGGUGGCGUCGCGAAAUGUCGUCUGUUUUCUCAGGCUACUUUUUUCGUGAAAAAUGGUAUAUAAAAGGGUAAGGGGUUGGAUUGCGGGGCGGAACCUCCCCGUAUAAACAUUUGUUGAGUACCCCCAACCUCCGGCCCUACCCUGUAUGCUUUUCAAAAUUCUUGUCAAGGUGAAAUAUUGUGCCAACAAACUCGUAGAAAAUUUACGAUAUUGUACGUUAAGGUUUGUCCACCUCCGCAAACAUUCUCCAAAUAGCAGAAGUCGCCCUCCGAGUUGUCUUCUUGCUGUUUUUGCCAUAUUUUUGGCUAUUAUUUCGCCUAGUUUCAGCUGUAGUUCUUACUCUUGAAACGAGUGAAAUAUCCGCCAUUUCUUUUUUCAAAACUCAACCUCGUCCCCAAGUCUUCUCGGUAACGGUGCCUUAAACUGUAGCAGGCUGCAUUUUUAGCUAUUUGUGACGUCAUUUCCUCGCUAUACACAAAAUUCUUCCAAAUUUGGUCAUCAGUAACUGGUUGUGGUGAGUUAUGGGUGUGCCAGUCAGAAUUGGGGAAAUAUUUUGAAAGGAUAACAAUGCUUUUUAAGUACUCUCCUAAACUGGAAAAUAUAAAACAAAUAUAAUAAAUUAUUACUCUUAAAUGGUACACAAAAAAGUGGGCAAUUUUUCAGCCAUGAUGUUUAUAAGAUCAAGGAAGUAACAAACAGUUCUUUGAGUUAUAUUCGGUAUGACCAAUGCAUGACGAAGUCGGGGAUUUCCCUCGUCAAGCCACUUAUGCGCAUGUACAUGUAAAAUGCAAAUAAAACAAACCAGCAAAGAAAAGCGUCACUUUCACUUAACAAGCUACAACGUACGUUCUCACGUAGUUUAAGCUAACUAUGAAUUGGGGAUCAAAACUUUAUCAGUGCACAAUCUGCUUAAAGCGUUUUAACACAGAAAUUGGCCGUGUUGAUCAUCAAAUGAAAGUACAUGGUGAUUAUUCAUUUUAUGGAGUAUACACUUGUUCAUACGAAUCGUGUACCCGAACACGUACUUUUCGACGCCAAGUUGACGUAGGCAAUCAUUUGAAAAACCCUGGCAAGUGGCACCAGAGAAGAGGUAAUAUUAAUCAAAAAUAUAACUUUUACAUACACCGUCAAUACGUGAGCUAAUACCCGAAGUCUUUGGGGUAUGGUAUGAAGGGAAAAUGAAAGUUAAACCAGGAAUUAAGCUUAAGAGAAGGCGUUUAGAGCGACGAAUUCUAACCGAAAGCGAGGCUUUGACGCUACAACAUUUGUAAAGUAAACUGGAAGCGAUAAAACAAAACAUACAAGCUAAAUGUGCUUGAUAGUCAAAACAUGCAUGAACAGAUUCCGAGUGACAGAGGACCCAAAAUCGCGGCGUUAUGUGCAUUCCAUACUUUCUUAGUGGGAGUCCAAAAGAAUGCUAGCUAUAUACAUGCGACGCAUACUUAAUAACAACCUUAUACGAAAUUUAACAAAUUAUCGUCAAUGCUAUGUGGAGAUUUCAUCGAAGUUUGAAAUUAUUUAGAGACUUUUUAUCGAUUUACGUUUAUAUGGUUGGUUUUCACAUGACGUCACUAAAAGUCAAACUACGAAACUAUCGAUCCUACUGACAUUUUACUUUCAUGGUGUAUUAGAGCAGCUGAAAACUAAUUUUCAAACAAAUUUUUGCUUCAAAAGGGUUCUUGGUUUUGUGAUAAAGUACGCUUGAAUUUCUAAGCUUUUGCGUGACGCAGCAUUUACAUGACGGCCUAGAGAGCUGUCAUUUAGGUUAAAAAAGUGACUUUUUUUGAGGAAUUUUGCUAUCUAAACAGUUCAAGUAUUAGAAAGAGUAUUACUUUAAUGUUUGUGAGUUCCUCUAGGAGUAAAUUCACGCUUUUGUAGCAAAACUCGGUAACAGAUGUUUCUGUUGGUUUCUGUCCGCCAUGUUGGAGCUCAUCCGGAUGAGCUCCAGCAUGGCGUCUCCUAGUCUCCCUCGCAGCCGUUUUUAGUAUCGUCACGCAACGCUCCUAGUUGAGAGUAGCGUUGCGUGACGAUACUAAAAACGGCUGCGAGGGAGACUAGGCGUCUCCAUACAAAGCUCUAUAAAUUUGGGUAAAACAUUUCCUCGGAUAUCUCGUAUACGAAUUAUUCCUUCGACCCAAAUCUUGACGAGGGUCUUUGUAUAUUUACCUCCUUUCAUUUCCCAGAUUCUGGACUUUAUCAGUCGAAUGGUUUUGAUUUUUAUUUUGAUCUAUUUUGAAUGGCGUGACACUGAAAACCAGCAAUUCCUGAAAGAACUCAGAAACAGAUUGAGCAAAAUUACAAGCACUUCAUUUGGUACCAUUUUUUGACUGCUGUCAUUCAAGGAGGCCGAAUUAACAGAGGAAACUGAAUUGAAAUGUCGACAAACUGAAUAAACUUAAGAAAUUUCACGUUUUGCCUUUUUUGUGAUAAGUGAAAUACAACAAUCACAUAAGAAAAAUUGACUUAAGCAAUGGACGAAAAAAAUCCUAAAAAUAGUCUAUCACAUCUAAAAACAAUUUGGGCACUUAAUUCAAGUUUUGUUAAGGCGAGUGUUGAAAAAAAGUUAUCGUAUUUUUCGUUUUUGCGUACAUUUCACUAAUCAAGAAGGUGAUUUUUAUGACGUUUUUCAGUUUCUAGUUCCAGGUAUUAGCGAAAAGUAGAAUUGCCGGAAGCAAUCACUGAUUCAUAAUAUUCUCAAAGUGCCCUUUGGGUAUUUCUUCGCGUCAACCCUACUUCAGUUUUGCAAUAUCUAAGUCCGUCUUUCUUUCUGUGUUUGACCCUUGUACUGUAACCCGUCAGUAAAGUUCUGAAAGUUUACUGCCUCCUACUACACAAGUUUCACUUCCUUGGGUUUUUGCUGCGGUCAUUGUUCUUGCCCUUCUUCCUCUUUGCCUGCUUUAAGAGACUUUACGGACACCUGGAUAAUAUAUACGGACACCAUUGCACGUCCCCUUGAUGUCCGUAUUAACCGGGCUCCACUGCAUUCAGUUUGGAAAUCGGCCAUUGCACUCGCAGUUCGUGCAAAGAACAAAAGAUAAUGUGAACGUCAGAUUUACAUGAAGCUCUACCCAAACGGCAAUUUGACACUGUAAUGGUAUUUUCCAAAGUGGCCCAUACAAGGCCUUAUGUCACGCCGUUUUCACGGACCGGUUUAUUCUUAGACCCCUUUUGCCGCGAAAAUAGAAGCUUUUCUCCGUCGAUGUGCGCAUUGUACCUCAAGGCGCAUUUCUAGGACCGAUACUUUUCCUUUUGUUCGUCAACGAUAUGCUUCUCCACUUUCACAAGUAAACUAUGGACAUUUACGCAGACGAUUCCACCUUGUCUUUAAGUUCAAAUUGGAAAACCAUUUCAUAACUAAAUCAAUUUAUCUAACAGAGACCUAACAGAGACAGAGUGAUGGGCUACAGAGAACAAAGAAAAUGUAUUUAAAUACGCAAAAAUCAAAAGCUUAAUGGUUCGUGUUUCCGCACCAAUUCCCAGGACCACAAUUUUCUUACGAUUAAAAAAAAUACAAAUAGAUUUAUCAUUUAGCGCUAAAGGUGUAGUUAAGGUGUCCUGUCUAUCUGUUCUACAGUGACUUAGGGCCUGUUUACCUGGAGUGGGAGACCCCGGUCUAGUGGGGUUGGUUUCUUUUGUUUUCACGCUCUGGGGGACACAAAACAAAAGAAACUUACCCCACUAGACCGGGGUCCCCCACUCCAUGUAAACACGGUCUUAAAUUGUUUCUCGAAUUGCAGGUGUAGAAAAUUCCAUCUUCCACCUCGUUCCCAUGUUCCUUUCCCUUCCUUCCAUGAGGAAGGAAGAGAAAGGAAUCUUUGAACGAGCUCGCUCUAGCCUGGAAGUAAAUAAGUUCGUAAGCGAUGAGCUCCAACCAGAUGGCGAAUUUCAUGGUCUUUUAAAUAAUGCCAUUGAUUCCUUGUACCGAGAACUUCAGAAAGGCUUGGAGUAUACAAACUACGGAAUUCAUAACUUGAUCAAGGUAACUGCUAAACCGCCCCCUGCCCCUCCCCACUAGCGCUAAAUUAUCGUUGUAAGAUGUUUUUAAUUUUCAACAAUAUCCCAAGACAGGUAAUCGGCUCCUGCCCUAGAAGAGACUGGAUUUAUUUCAAAAGGGUGUAGCACAGGAAAACCAUCCGGCAGUUGAAAUGUUUGCCUCUGCCAGUUAUUUCAAAAGGCGAUAGUUUUUUAAUACAGUGAAAAAUGCUAGGAAAUAGUAGAAUUGAAAUGACUGCCACAACUCCUGCCAUGUUAAAACACUUCUUGAAAGUACAAGAUAAACUAAGUCGUUCCAAGAAUACAUGAAUCGGUUCACCUCUCCUUCCCUCAAUAAUGUUUCGUGGGUUUGCUUGGACAUAGACGUCUUCAAAAUCAACAUGAAGGGGAAGUGGAGAAGAAAUUCGCAAGCGUUUCUCAACAAUUAUGACCAGGGAUGUAUCUUUAAUAACAAAUCACUGAUUUUUAUCCUCAAAAGUUACGAGUAGCGUCUCCGAUACUUUGGCCUUAGCGUCCCGUCUGUUAAUCCAGAGGGGUUUCUAGAUCUUGGGCCGCGGUCGUCGUGAGUUUAGCACGAAAGCAAUAAUAAAACGUGCUAUGAUUAGAUUCUACAUGUCGCCUUGUCUUUUUAGGGCGGAUCGAUUGCAAAAGGCACUGCAUUAAAAAACAACGCCGACCUGGAUUGCGUGAUGGUCAUGAACGGUAUUGAAAACGCUUCCCAGUUGAGCAGCAAACUACCUGACAUCUUGUAUAUGCUAGAGUCACGCUUGGGGAGCAGUAUAGGGGACUCCUGGAGUUUGACUUCCAUAAAGAGGACGCGGUUCUCCUUGCAGUUUAACAUGUCACGUUAUUUCAACCCUGGGGAGUCUGUUAAGGUUGAUCUUUUGCCCACAUUUGAAGCAAGCGUAGCGGGCAUCGAUGGUACGUACGUAACCGCAAGAGUUGAAACGCUGAGUUACUCAUAGAGUAGUUAGUGCACGGCUGUUUGAAUGGGAGGCCCCCUUGAAGAAAUUCCCAGUUAACUCAACGUUCAUAACCCAACCUAACUUAACUCAUCGCACAACUGCUUUUUACCCUAUGUACAAAUGUAAUUGUUCACCCGGUUUUGACUGAAGUCAGCAAAAUGUAUAAAACAGUGAAUGUCGAUCAGCUAGAGAUUUGUUUUGUUUUUCCUUUUUUGGUCAAUUAACAUGUGUUUCCAGUAGGGCAAUCUCUUUUCUUUAUUACCUCUUGCAAUCUUGUUUUGAUUUAUUGUUUGGUUCCUCUGUUCCUGAGCUUAUCUUCAUCGCUACUACUUCUCUUAUACCACUCUAAAUUCUUUUUCUUUCCAUAAUGUCAAGUAAUUAUACAAAUUUUUGCCGUCACUUGUAUGUCUCACGCCACUCUGUGUUCAUUUCACUUCUUUUUGUAUCUCAGUGUUUUCAGUUUUUUUGUUGAAACAAAAGACUGGUCGUAAGUUUUGUGCAACAUCUUGAUUUUAUUUUAUUUUGUUUGCCAUUAAUAUCUUCUACUAGUUUGCUAACGUGCUCAAAGCUCUUUGGACAAAGACCACAUGGCCGCUCCAAGUGAAAUUCGGUCGGUGCUACUAGAUGCAUGGCGACAGUUUCAAAUUCCCCUACCCUAAAUUGCACAACAAUCCAAUAGUAUACCUACCCAGGGGACAGCUCUGAAAAUAAAAUUCCCAUGAGAAGGCAUUAGUGCCCUCCAUUCUCACCAGGGGCUCACCAUUUCAUACGUAGGUGCAACAGACAUACAUAAUCUUUGCGCGCAGAUUAAGCUACUAAACAGUAAGUUUUGGGUUGUUGGUCAACUGCCCAUCAGUGAAGCUAAAGACAUGCGCAAUCUUGAAAAACGAUUUAUGAAAUUUUAUUACAUCUUUUAUGAUCUUGAAUCUGAAGAGAGAUUUAAUCUUAUCAGCGUUUAGUUAAAAUACUUUUAUGAUGUUACAUCUAAACAGAGAUUCAAUAUUCUUUGUCUUAGAGCGAGAAAGGUUUUACAGAAAAAUGCUUGAGGACAAAAAGAACUGGCCAUACUACUCCGCAGCCCUUGUGAUGAUUCAAAAAGACUUCGUCAAGGAACGGCCUGCACUCGUAAAAGACCUGAUUCGGUUGGUGAAGUAUUGGCGCAAGACGUAUAUUCCACAGAUUGGUAGUAAGCAUGUCCCACCCUCCUAUCUUCUGGAGCUUCUCACAAUACACGCCUGGGAGAAUGCAAAUCGUCCAGAGAGAUUUGACUUGAAGAUUGGUUUUAAAGCUGUUAUGGAGGUUCUAAAGAAUCACCAAAGUCUUCGUGUUUCCUGGGGAGAUUACUACAGAAAGAAUUUAAUUCCAAGCAGGUACAUUCAUGGAGUGUUCUAAAUUAGUUUAACCAGGAUAAACGAACCGCCUUUUAGAUUCUUGAGGACAUAGGCCGUCUCGGAUGUUUGUAAACCGAUAUGAUCUUUUUACCUUAUUUCAACCAGUUACCAAAUCCGUUAGGAAUGUCUAUCGAGGCAAGAAAUUCGUAACACGUAAAUUUUAGAAAUAUAGCAAUUGGACAAAUUUUCUUUUACUGGAGAAUUUUAUUUAUGGCAUAUUUUCCUUUUUGGCAUUUCAGUCUCCUGUAUGGGCCAUAUGUAAUUGAUCCUGCCAACCCAACCAACAACCUGCACGACGCUGUUGACUGCUGGGAUGAGGUGAAAAAGGUUGCAGAAGAAACCAUGCGGAAACCCCUUCUCAGAGAUGUGUGGUUUACAGCUAACUGGAGCUGAAGAACCACGAUUUUAUUAGAUUUAUUUGAGUAAUAUACCUAAUUGCAAUAACGUUGUCUUAGAAAAAUGAAAAAAGGAAAAAGCCAAAUAGGAAUUAAUUAGGCUAAUAAGCCUAACAAAUUCAUAUGCAGCAUCCGCACAUGGACGUCGUAUUUGCCUGUUGGAAUUUGCUAUUGUUUUAAAGCUGAAAAACAAUCAAACAAAUUCCAGCGGAGAAAUGCAGCAGUUGCAAAUGAAUCCACCCUGAGAAUGUGGCUUAAUUAGCCUAAUUAAUUCCUAUUUGGCUUUUUCCUUUUUUCAUUUUUCUACGACAACGUUAUUGAAAUUAGGUGUAUGUAGAGUCCGUAAAGGGAUUAGGGUAUAAUUUUGGGUGUGUAGUGUUUAGCAGCCAGGCGUGUCAUCGAUGGCGUCAUCAACUAUGUAACCGCGUGAUAUCUAUUUCUUAAACUAUUGUAAGUAGUCACCCUGUAUUAGUUUUGCAGUUCAUUAAAGCUUCUAGUAAGAUAACAAGUCUCCACGUUCUUUAGGAACCCGAGAACUCAACAGAGUCAACCUCUCUAUUUUGUGUACUGUCAAAACAACGGAAGAAAAUGGUGUUUGGUGACAUUUUGAGCCGAUGAGAAGGCUACCCAGAUCGUUUAUCAAAUUUCUGAUUUCUGCUGGCGGCCUCUUGAACUGAAAUUUGCUACGUGUUUGUUUAUAGUUAAAGUGAGCCAAGACGUUCCAGAGUGAUGAGAGGGUCACUAAAACCAUUGACCAAGAUUUUAAUUUGGGCUUCUUGUCAUCUUCGAAUCUUUACCACAGGGGAUAACCUACAAUCGAAGGAAUUAUGAGCUAUAUAUGGCUCAUACGGUUAUUCCCCCGUCCCCAAAUUCAUAAAUAGCUAUGAUCAUAAAAAUCAGUUUCUCACAGUGAUUUAUUCGGGACAUGUGUCAAUCAACAGUUGCAAUAUUAUAAAAAAAAAUCAUCCCAAUUCACUAUUGCUUAACUCGUUGUAUAUUUAUCCCAUAUUUUCUUCUGAGAUUUAUGUUUUCUCCAGGUGUACAGAGGCCACGAUUGAAAGAGAGUUGAAGAAAAACCAUGUACAUCUUGUUUAUAUCAUACUAUCGACUAUUUAUAACUUCGUUUUCUUACGAGUGGCAACCUUGUUCCCAGGGUCCUCUUCUACUCUUCCUCCGGGAGGAUGAGUAGGGGAGAAACCUGGGAACGAGGUUGAACGAGUGCAAAGGGAUGUGUAAGUGAAAUCAUCACGCUUGGAGCCUGAAUCACGCCCAACACUACUUCAUUUCACCUAAGAAAAUUAAAAAGAUAAUAUAAAAUUUUAAGUAUGUAUUGACAAAUAAAAUAAUACACAAGAACAAAGAACUCACCCAGCAAACCCCUUUUGUUCGCGAAGCAAAGAGGUGAAACCCACGAUCUGGAGCGUGUGCAAAGUCUGAUCAACGUCAUGGUAAGAAUGGAGUGCCCAUUCAGUUUAGAUAUGAAGUGUACGGUAGCCUUUGAGCAGGCUGUCUUGUGGGGUGUAGGAUUAAGGGACAAGGAGAAGAAGGGGCGAAAGGACAGGAGAAGAUGCUCCUGCGUCCUUUAGCACGCUUCCCCUUGCUCACAAACGAAGGGCAAGCCCACCAAUAUUGCCCUGCUCUGUAACAAGGUAAAGUUGACUAUAACUCAACCUCGUCCCCAGGUCCUCUUGGUUAACGGUAUAUUAACCUGCAAGAAAGCUGUAUUUUUGACGUCAUCGGUUCAUUAAACGCAAAAUUCUUCCAAAUUUGGUCGUCAGUAGCUGGUUAUGGUGAAUAAUGCGUGUGCUUUUAGCCAAUCAGAAUUGGGGAAAUAUUUUGAAUGAAUAAUAAGAAAGGUUUUCGCACUUAAGGAAAAAGUGAGUUCUUGGGAGAAAACCAACAUUUAGUGUUUCUAUAGCUCAUGAUAAAUAGUGCAUUUACAUUCUAAGUUUAUUAUAUUAUUAGAAUACUAAAACAAAUUUGCAAAAGGUCUCUUGAAAUAAUGAGUGUUAAAGAACCUCAAAAUAACACCUUAGACAAUCUUAGACACCUCAGAGCAUUUCGAAACAUACCAGAACACUAAGGACAACCAAUCAAUAAGUAAAAUGGCCGAGACAAACCAAAUCACUAAACAAUUUCACUUAAAUCACUUAGUUUAGGUGUUAUUGAGAGUUAAGGCGAGCUUGCCUUAGUAAAUAUCCUCUGAUUGUUUUUAGUCUAAAUCAGGUCUAAAUCGACCAAGAAAUGAUACUUAUAAGUGUUAGGGUGGUGACAGGUCUAUAAAGACCAUUCAUAAACAUUUUUAUUUGGGCCAUCUUCUUUUUUAAAAGGGGUAUGAUUUUGGGUCUGUACUAUUUUUAUGGUCAUAUUAAGUAGCCUGCAGGCAUGUAUGGUAGCAUCAAUUAUGUAGCUGUGGAAUAUUUAUUUCUAAUGUGAUUUUAAGUAAUUAAUAGUUUUGCAGUUCAAUAAAGCUGUUAGUACGAUGAGUCUCCAGGCGUUCUGCAACAACUCAAGAAUUCGAGAAGAUCAAAUUUCAAAUUUCAUUUAUUUUUGGGUAUUGUCAAAAUGAUGCAAGAAAAUGGUGUUUGGUGACACUUUGAAACGGUGGCAAGACCACCUACAUCAUUUAUCUCAUUUCUGAUUUCAGCUGGUGGCCAUCUUGGAUUUUUCCAUAGAGGUUAGCCUAUGAUACUGGGUCAAAAUCUGAAAUUUGCCACUUGUUUGUUCAUAGUUAAUGUGGACCAAGAUGUUUCAGAGUGGCGAGAGAGUCACCGAAUCCAUUGACCAAGAUUUUGAUUUGGGCCUUUCUCAUCUUCGAGUUUUUACCAAAGGGGAUAACGUACAAUUCAGUAGUCUGAGAAAACAACCAACAUUUCGUUACACCACCAACUGGUUUUCCUACAAAAUGAUGUCUGAAGAACGACAACUGCAUAAAUUCCAAACUAAUGACAUGCCACUACCUAGAUCUGGAAAGUGCUUCUUAUUGGUUGUGCCAGGAGGAAAAUUUGCCUUAACCAAUCAGAAGCACUACCCAGGAUAGUGACAUGUCAUCAGUAUGGAAUUUAUCCAGUUGUUCCUCGGACGUCAUUUUGUGGCGAAACCAGCGGUGGCGUUGAGAAAUGGAGGCUGUUUUCUCUGGUUAACAAAUCAGUAUGUAAAAGCUCACGAAUUCAUGAAGGGCCACAAUUAUAAAAUUCAGUUUCUCACAGUGUUUUAUUCAUGUGUCAAUCAACAGAUGCAAUAAAAACUAUCACCACAAUUCAGUACUGUGUAACUCAUUAUAUAUUCAUCCCAUAUAAUUUCUUAAGAGGUUCAUGUUUUCUCUAGGUGAAGAGAGGCAACAAGUAAAAGAGCAUUAAAGAAAAGCACAUACCAUUUGUUUAUCCUCAAAUUACUUGCUCAUUCAGGUGGCGGAUCCAGGGGAGGGGCUCAGUCCCCCCCCCUCAUUUUUAAAUCAAACUGAGGCCCGAAGGGUCAAAAGAAAGUUUUUUGGAGAACGCCCCCCACUUCCUCUUAUCUAAGGGUCUGGAUGACUGGGCCCCCCUUAUCUCAAGGUCUGGAUCCAGCACUGUCAUGGGACCAAUAUUUUCUGCAAAAUAGCCUUAAACAUAAGUUAAUCUGAUAAGCAUACCUCACAUUAACCGUGCCGGAUUUUUCACUACAGGGUUCAUACAAAAAAUUCCAACCAUUUUGAAAGGACUUUCCAAGGACCACAUUCGAUUUUUUAAGGACCACCUACCAGUAAUGUUAUGUCACAGAUUGUACAAAAAUGGACAUUCCCAGUGCAUUCUAAAAGGAGUUUAAGGCUUGAAACAUUUGCUCUACCAACUUCUCUAAAUUUUUCAGUUCACUUGUUUUAAGUAGUUAAUUAUUACAUAAAACAAAAAAAGCAUUAUGUAAAAUUCUCUGAGCUAUGAUUUAUAUUCUGUCUUGGACAACCAAAAAGGAUUAAAAAACACUAUUCAAAGUUGAAGAAAAUUCAAGGACUUUUCAAGACUGACUAAACUCCUCAGUGACUGCAAUGUCUUGCUUAUGGAACUUCACGAUUUAUGGUUGAGAUAAACAGUAACUCUUACCUCCAUAGAUCACCUUCCUCCAUAAACAGUUCCGUCUCGAUCCCAGUGGCGCUGACCGUAAGGAUCGCGGCCUCUUGAGACAAGGAGACAAGAACCUAGAGCUUCGAUCCUUUUGGUCAGCGUCGCGGAUCGAAGCGGUCAGCACUCGUUAACAUCCGUCGAAAGGCCCUCUUGUCUUCAGUCGGAUUUCGUAAACGUAUGACGUCACGCUCGCCUCGUGGUUCUCCCUGUGACUCAUGUAAGCUUCUCUUCGAUCGUCCACUCCGAUUUGUCCGAUGAUCUGAUGUUUGUUUCGAGGUCUUGUCUUGCUUCUUCGUUCAUCCCUCGAUUGAUUAAACCAAGAAGAUGCCACUGCAUCUGUUUGAAAAGGAUGUUUUAAUGUUUCGCCUCGAUCGAGCCUCUUGGCGCAUCAAGAAGGUCCUUUCAGCGGAUGUUACUGAGUAACAUCCGUUGAAUGGCCCCGGAUGAAUGGCAUUCAUGAAGAAAUUACACGAAGAAGCAAAUAAAACUCAAAUGAAACGCUGCCCCAUUUAACAACUUUUUCAAAUUUUGGCGGGAAUAUAAAAAAACAGAGAAUCAUCCAUGUGUGUAAUGUCUGUCAAUGUCGAAUGCUUGCAGCAACAACAACAAUUCAACAACAACAACUUUAUUUGUACCCAGCUGUACCCUACAUUGAUUUACAUGAUACAAAAAAAUUAGAUAAAUAUAUAGAGAGAGUACAGGCUGCCCAUAAUAACCCAUACCUGCCAACCUCCGGAGAUCUAAAAUCUGGAGACUCUCCAUUUUGCACUACACCCCCCCAUCCCCGAAUGUCAACAGCACCAACACCCCCACUCCUCCCCCCCGCGCCAACAAAUUGCCUUAGGACAUUAUAUGACGUCUUACAUGACGUACAUGGGAUCAAAACGCGCUUUCAUGAUUGAAAUGACGAACUAAUCUUUGUCAUUGACUAAACAUGUGCAAAAAUGUCCCAGAAACUGUACAAUGAAUAAAAAAAAGUUCGAAUUUUGUGAAAAAAUGGACUAAAUUUCAAACUAAAGCACAGAAAUGCUCAAAAGUCCAUUUUAUCGGGGAGAUUUGGUGCUCUAACCGGGAGAUCGGGAGAUUUGAUGAAAAACUUGGAGACUCCCGGGAAAACCGGGAGAGUUGGCAGGUAUGAAUUAACCAUUCAGAGGGCUAAAAACAUGGGGCAGCCUCACUUAGGUUAUUUAUAAAUGAUUAUAUUAAAGGGUCAGGUACCACACACCACACACAGCUACACAAAACAUUCACAAAAAAAAAACGAGUAGAAAAAGAAAGACAGCAAAAGAAAGCUAAGUUUACCAGUAUUAAACAAGGGAAAGCCAUUCUUGCACUACUAAGUUGUCUGAUAAUUUAUAUUCUGUUUCAUCCGCUGAAGAAGCACAGAGCUAAUGGAAGAUUUUGAGACUCGAAAAACCGUUAAAUUUUUCCUCUACAAGGACUACAAGGCAAGCAAAGGCUGUAGAGGCACAGGUGAGUAGCAGCUAUAUUAUUUGACAGUGGCGGAUCCAGACCCUCAGAUAAGGGGGGGGUCACCCUGUCAUCCAGACCCUGAGAUAACGGGGGGGCCCAGUCUUCAAAGAAUUUUUUUCGGCCCUUCGGGCGCGGCCCCAGUUUGGUCUAAAAAUAAGAGGGGGCCUAGGCCUCCCAAGCUCCUCCCCUAGAUCUGCCACUGUUGUAUACAAAGUGGGCCAUUGACCAUAGCCCUACUCCAAUUUCCCAGAAUGUCAUUUGGUUAGUUCGUUGGCAGAAGCAAACCUCUUUGAGAUCUUAACAGUGUCCAUAGAAUCUGCAAUCGACAGUUGGCCGGGUAUGUAUAAGUAGGCAGUUGAAAAACAAUCCUGCUUCAUGGUGCUACUCUUGAGUUGUCGGAGGGUAGAAAACGUGUGCCCAGGAUGCUACAACUGGUGUUCAAUAAAAUCGUAACAUUUCCACUUGGCCAAUUUUGGGUUGAGAAACAUGGCUGCGGUGGUGGUAGGGAAAGGGGGUGGGGGCAAGCACCCCCCCCCCACCCUGCUAUUUACAUUAAAGCCAAUUCCCUUUCAAGCAAACAGCUAUGACUGUGGCUGACUUUGUCUGCAUGGUAAGCAUAUUUUGGAUAGUAUUGCCACAAUUUGUAAUAGCAAUGACUAUAAUAUUUUACAGUGAAACCUCUAUUAAGCAGACCCCCAAUUAAGCAGACACCCUGUCUUAAGCAGACACUAAGCCGGGUCCCGAAACAGACGUCUGAUAUUUCCCUUUAUAACAAACCCCUAUUCAGCGGACACCUCUGUUAAGUGGACGCGGACACUAAAAUAAGUUGUAUUUGGCUAAUUUCUAUUGUUAAAAACCUCUAGUUUUUGCAUUUACAAACAAAUUAAAGUUGGUAAUGAAAGGUAAUGAACUUUAACUCUGGAUAGCUUCUUUAACGACAUGCAACUUUUUCACAGUACAGAGUAACCGUUAAAUGUUGAUCGUUAACAAACAUUGUGCAAUUUUUAAAACCUCUAUUAAGAGGACACCCUCCAUUAAGUAGACACUUGGAAAGGUCCCGAAGGUGCCCGCUUAAUAGAGGUUUCACUGUAAUUGAUAUAAUAACAAUGUAAUAGUAAUGAUUAUGAUUAUUAUAAUAUACAUUGUUAGACAAUGAAAUAUUUUUAAACUUUCAGUAUUCUGAACAUCACUCAUGUUCUUAAACUACUGUUGUAAAUGGUAGCAUUAACAUGUAUGACAUUUAGUUUGCACAGAACUUGAGUAGAGGAAAAAAAUCCCAAUUUCCAUCAGGUACUGUACAGAACCUCUGUUAACCGACACCUCCAAUAAGAUUACAUGCACCUCUUACUAACAGACACUAAUCUGGGUUCACAGCAAUUAAUUUCUAUGUUAAAAAUCUGUAUUAAUCCCAACUGUUGUAAGUAAAGACAUCUUUUCUUGGUAACAAACAUCCAUAUAGAUAGGUCAAAUCAGACCUAAACUUCUUUGCAGAAUAGUUGCCCACAUGAUAGAUCAUAGCUAUAGCAAAAUUUAAUACUCCUCUCUCUAUGGCAGUGGCGGAUCUAGGAGAGGUGCCCAGGGAACCCGGACCCCCCCUUAUUUUUGGACCAAACUGAGGCCUGAAGGGCCGAAAAGAAUUUUUUUGGAGACCACCCCCCUCCCCCCUUAUCUCAGGGUCGGGAUGACCGGGCCCCCCCUUAUCUGAACGUCUGGAUCCGCCACUGUAUGGGGCACUUCAGUUGAACAGAUGCCAUUCACAAGCGGCAUAAUUCCGCAGUAAUUUGGUCAACACUUUGAUACUAAGUAAGAAAACAAAUUAACAUAUAGAGGGAGAAAAGAGGAUCGAGAGUCACCAAAAUCGACCCACCAGUCAAAUCACACAGCCAAUAAUGCACAAGAAAACAAAAAACAAAUGACAUGCCUUUACUGGGAAAGAAGUUGAAGGAACAAUAAUUGUUACAGCAGAAGAGGCGUUAAGGUACACUUAUAAACUAAUAUUCAAGCAAGACCUCAAAGAAAUCAGGGAGUGGGGAUUAUUUACAGAGAGGGAAGGGCUAAUGCAGAUGGGAAGAUACCAUUUCCAAAUUCUUUAGACCCUCCCCUUUCAGUUUUUACAGGACAUAUUUUGGACAAAACAACAAGAAGCCAAGUCAAAACUCUCAGGGGUUACUUAAGUUGAAUUAAAAAUAUUGAUUCCACCAUUCAUUCAUUGUUGUACUGUUAAAGACACGUAUUACAAAAAAUCUUGAACAAACCCAUUGACCUGAUAGGCAACCUUUCCCAAGAAAUAACUUGCAGAUAUCAUGUAUUGUAGAUGAAGACUUCAUAGUAUCAAUGGCUUCGAACCAAAACGCACAGUUUAAGUACAUUUUCAUUUGCAACCUUAAUAACAAAGCAUAAAAUAAGUAAGCCUAAAUAAAUAAAUAAAUAAAUAAAUGAAUAAAUAAAUCUGAGAGAAUUUAUGUAAAACAUGGCUUCAGUGAGUGUCUACAGGUCCUAUGCUAAGUGUGUCCUUGGUACCAAGACUUUGAUCCCCUCCCAGGACAAUGGGUGACUGUCUGUGCUUGCCACUGAGCUCUGCAAUUAUCAACAACAACAAAACUUUAUUAAUAAACAUAUAAACUUACAGAAGUAUUGCCGGCAGCUAGCAAGGCUAUUCGAGGCGGGAUAAUGCGUGCAAAAUAUAAAAAUAGAGACUAAGGCUAUUAACAUUAUCAUUCUCAGCAGAGGCCGGAUUCAGCUCAGUGGCUAGGGCAAAUUAAGAACAAGGUACUUGCCAGUCAAAGCCUCUAGUAAACACUGCUGCUUACUGAAGGGGUUGUGUCAAAAUAGCCCCCUCCCUACCCCACUAAUUUUGGCCCCCUGACCUGAUCCACCCACCCACUGUUAGGGCAGUCCCUGGGCUAUCUAGCUAAACCGACCAAUACGGCAAGCCCCCUACCUUUUUGGACACUGGACUGGCCUGGUGCCGGGCUGUGCCCGGCGCCAGGCGAAAACCUAGUGACCAGUCAUUUUAACGAAAUCAGACAGAAAUAUUAUUAAAUAAUAUUAUUAUUACAGCCUCAUAUUUUGCACAUUCUCUUGAGCUUAUGAGGUAAAAUGACAUAAUAGUGGGAUAAUAAAUAACGAUAUUGAUCCUUCUCCUCAAGUGUGAAAUAUAAGUGUGGCGAUUUUUACACUGUACAUGUAUUCAAUAAGGAAAGUGAUAAUGUAUAAUUGUCACCUAGAUACACAGCCUGGUGAUCUGGGGCCAUUCAAAGGAUGUUAUUCAGUAACAUCCACUGAAAGGUCCUUUUCCCCGCGGAGUAAGAAGAGGCUUGAAACAUCAAAACAGCCUCUAAACGGGGGCAGUGGUAUCUUCUUGCUUGAAUUGAUUGGAAUCAAUCGAGGAAUGAUCCAAAAAGUGGGACAAAAUCUCGGCCAAAUCUCUCACCAAAAAUCAAACAAGUCGGAGUGCAGGCGAAUCACACAUUGAACUUCGAGGCGAGCGUGACGUCAUACGUUUACGAAAUCCGACCGAAGGUAAGAGGGCCUUUCGACGGAUGUUAACGAGUGCUGACCCCAAUACCGAUCGAAGCUGACCCCAGUGGACCCCAGUGCUUACGCUUCUCCCUCCCAGGCCGUCAUGCGCAGAAGAGCUAUGGGGUCGAGUUACGUGGGCGCAUGCUAAGUAAUCAGACCACACAAAUAUGUUUUUUGACGCAGGAAGUAUAAUAAAGUACAUAGUAAAUUUUUGUAAUCUCAGAUGGCAAGUACUAUUUAAUUUCUAUAUGAAGUUGUUUAAUAGAAAUGUUGAUGCCAUAGGCUGUUGAAAAGGAAAUUCAUGCGGGGACACCCCCUCAUUAAUAAUUUCUGACAAGCAGGAAAUAAAACCUGAUAGGCACGGUGGGGAACCCCCCUAAUUAUAAAGUCGAAUUUAAAAAUACAACAGUGGGUUAACUCUUGUAUUUAAAAUAAAUAGUAUAAAUUACUGCUUUUUCAGUGAUCUCCAAAACUGACAAUUUUUUUAGGCAUAUUAAAUGUAUGUUUUGUAGAAGAAAUGAACAAUUUAGUGAGGUAUAUAGAUAUUUGUAUGGCCCGAAUGUAUGUCGAGGCCAAGAUAUUGCUGAAAGUUUUCAACCACCCAACUAAGCACAAAACAACUUUUUUUCGCAGAAUUUGCAUUAAAGGGGCUAUGUCAGCUGGAGAGCAUGCGCUCUGAGGUUAUGCAAAUUACUUUCAACUGUCAAAAUUCUAUUGUUUUUAACGCGUGACUUUCUCCAUGUGCGCUGUGAGGUUAUGCAAAUUACUUUCAACUGUCAAAAUUCUAUUGUUUUUAACGCGUGACUUUCUUCAUGUUCUCUGUCACGUCCAAGGUUCCGAAUUUAGAGAGGUUUAGCGAAAUGGGUUUAGAUAAGGGAUAUUUCGAUAGAAUUUAUGGAACGUUUCUUCUCUGGUUAUGCUAGAUCAAGAAUAAAAUUGCGACGACAAUUUUACUUGUAUAUUUGAAGUAAAAACGCAUGCCAUUCAUAAAAUAGAGCGCAAACAAAAAUUCAACAACAACAUAUUGUCUUAUUCAACAAAAUAAAUGGAAGUUGUAUUUUACAAAGGAGCUACAAAAGACGCUAGACCGAAGAUAAAGACCAAGACUGUUUCAAAUCAUUAACAAUUAGACUUGUCUGUCGCUAUUGAUUUUAUAAUUUAGAUGCUGAUAGAACAAGAGACCAAGUCUUUGUUUUGAUCUUAGGGAAACAUACAUUAUGCUCCAACACAAACAGUUCAAAAACAUGGCAUUUACAGGAUCUAACUCGUACUAAGGUGCCUCUCUAAGUCCGUUGAGAACAAUCUGGACGAGCAAACGGUCGUGUUUAUCUUUGCCGUGAAUCGAGAUAAAUACAAGAAGGAAUCUAGCCGAAUUUUAGAAUGUUUCCUUCGCCAGGAGUUUAGUUUCGUCACGAAACUCAUGCCCUGAUGCUCUUGUAAUCGUUUACAAAAAACGGCCGCCGCCAACUCGAUAGCCGCUUCAUUAUAUGUCCACAUACUUUGAGCACAAGAAAAAUCCAAGAGCCAGCAGCCUCUAAAAUAACUCAAUAGAAAGGUCCUGUGAACUAUAGGGAAGAUUCCAUCAAAGAUUCCAUCACUCAUUGUGGAGUAGCCGUCAUUAACUCUGCCAUUACAACGGCCGCUGAUAAGAGGACACAGUAAAUCCACGUAAAAACAUUCCACAGGCAAACAAUUUUAAAAUAACGCCAAAAAAUUGUUCUGUAAUCACCAUAGAAUGAUUCUUAAUACAAAACUUCGCUAACUAUCGAGCGAUGGCUGAGAUUUAGACAGAUAAAAACAGCCUUCCAAAAUCUCCGACACAACUUGAAAAAGUUGGGCUGUCUUUUUCAAGUUUGUUUUCAUUAGCUCGCGCAUGCGUGUUGGGUGACAUAGCCCCUUUAAGUAAGACGAAUCUGUCGAAUUGUAGACCGUGGAACCACGGAACUUGCGGAGCCUACGGAACCUAAAGAAAUGACUUUUUUUAUUACAACUACCUUUGGCUAAAGUGAUAAAACAAUUAGUUACAAUUAAUAAUAACAUUGAUAAACUGUUUACAGUGCCCUUUUUUCUCUUAAGAUCGUCGAGAUCGAGCACUUACCGUCACUGGCAGCCAUUUUGUAAUUGAUUUUAAAUGUACCGAGAGGGCAAUCGUUGGGUUCCCAAACCGUCCCCUACCACCAAGUAAGUAGAUAGUCAUCCCCCUCACCUUCAAGCUAGACUCGGCCAAUAUUGCCGCUUGUAGCGCUCGCUCCCGACGAUCUUGCGGAAAAAUAGGGGACAGUACACAGUCGAUAACAUUAAUCGAGAGCUAACGGGAAGUCCGCGAAUCGCGGAAUUCCGGCUUGUUAGUACUUCUGAAGAGAACGAGAGGUACAGAUUAGAACACAGUAGCACAACGUUGGAAGGAAGAUAGAAUGUGAAUGUGUUUGUGAAAAAUAGAUGAUAUUGAGGGAAGGGCUGGGUUGUAUCCGGCAACAAGAGGAAUACGUGUGGGUGAGUGGGUUAUGGCAUCGCUGGGUUUAGGUGCGUCAGUACUUGUGAUAGUGUGAACACCGUUGUAUCUUCUGGUUGAGGAAACCGACGUUGUAUCCACGUCUUUAAAGUUGUUACAACGCAGUUUGUGAGUCUUGUUGGAGGAACAUAUACGUCGUAUUCUGAGGGCAAGGCUGAAUGGAAAAGCUCGUUUAGAGUGUAAAAGGUAGCCUGCACAACUGUCGCUUUAAGAGCCAAGCGAGACGAACACGGCAUUUCGUAUCGGACGAGCGCGAAUCGCGAGGCGAGGGAAGGAGAAAGAUUCGCGCGAAUUUCCGUGUUUGCCUGGCUUGGCUCAUAAAGCGCCUGUUAUGCAGGCUAGGAGGAGGCGACAUGAUGCAGCGUAAAAGAUACUGAUGUUUGUUUGUAGGAUUAGUAUUAAAGAACAGUUUCAAUGAUACUGUCAUGAGGGGCACCUUGACGUCGAGAAAGGAGAAAGAUUUACAUGCAUAAGUAGUUAGAUGUAAAUUUAAUAGUGGGAUGAAGGGUAUUUAUGUAAGAGAUGGAAUAAAAAUAUACGUUUGAAGUGAGAAUGAAUUUGAUGAGGUUACCAAGAGUUUCUGUGUGUAUUGUGGAUGUUGAGCGGUAAAGUAAUACCCUCAUCCUUCUCUCAUCCUACUGUGUUUAAACCUAUACCUCUCGUUGCCUUCCGACCUACUGAAAAGCCGGACCCAGAAUUCUCGAUCAGUGUUCCUUAACACAUCGACAACAAUUUUCCAUCGUCUGUACUCUUAUUGACCAUAGAAAUGACGUCAAAAUGUUCAAAACGCAAGUGGAACCACGAGCCGCUGGAGAGUGAUUUCAUUAUAAACUUUUGAACAUUUUGACGUCAUUUCUAUGGUCGAUAAGAGAACAGACCAUGGAAAAUUGUUGUCGAUUUUUUUUUUACAAUAACAUUGACAGUUUUUGUCGUCCAUUUCCGUUGACUUUUCGCGGAAAAUUGCUUGCGGGAAAGAAAAAAACAAACUGCGCUACCAUCACUUCAUUUCCAUGGUCUGUACUGUUAUCGACAAUAGCUCUCCUGCUCUCGACCAAUCAGCGGGCGCGAAAUCGCUUAGUUUUUGUAAAAACAUUAUUGUAACUAAUUAUUAUAUCACAUUAGCGAAAGGUAGUUGUAAUAAAAACAGCCAUUUCCUUAGGUUCCGUAGGUUCCACCGAUUCCGCACAUUCCGCGGUUCCACGGUCUUCACUUUCGCGGUCUGCAAUUCCACAGAUUAGUCUUAUGCUGCUUUAAAAGAGUGUUUCGUUCGCAACAGAAAAGAACACUUUUGUUCUUGGCCAACAGUGGGUUAUUUCAAGUAUUUAGUACUUUUUAGUGCAAAUUAUUACCCUCUCUUAGUACUCGCCAAAAACUGGCAUUUUUUUUCAACCAUAUAUUUUGUUUAAUUUUCUGAGUUUUAUUCGGUAUGGCAUUGUAUGACGUGGCUGACGAAGUCGGGGAUUUCCCACUCUCCGGCGCAUGGACGCGUGGAAUAAACAUAAAACGAACCCGGAAAGUUAAGUUUCGCUUUUACUUGAGAAGCUUCGUUCGCAGGUAGUAAGCUACUUAUGGUUUCGGCUAUGAAACCUUUUAAGUGCACAGAUUGCUUGAGGCGGUUUAGAACAGAGAACGGCCUUGCUGAUCAUCAAAGAGCCGUACAUCCUGACCCAGUUAUGAAUUCGCUAUUGAAACCUUAUCCGUGUAUGGUUUGUCCGAAGCGGUUUACCACAGAAAAUGACCUAAACAAUCAUAUGGAAAAGGCAAGCAAAAAGCAUAAGCUGAAGCAUAAGAAAAUGACAGGUAAUAUCAAUCAAUUGUACUAGAACAAGAUCUCCAUAUAGUGGGGGUUCAUUGGGCUGCCGACUACGAGAUGCGGUGGUUUAUUAUUUUGGGAAGUAUAGAUUUUAAGUAGUACGAUAUAAAGGGAAACUUCAGUAAGCUUUAAUACAUAAGCACAAGCGUUUGAGCGACAGAAGGGAAGGGACAUAAUUUUCUAGAUUUAUUGCAUUUGGCGCUGAAGCUGUAAUUUAAUUUAGGCUUCCAAUCCUGUCAUGGUCUGUUUGCUAGCUAUGGUCUAUGAUAUGUUUAUUCAAAUGAUCUAUAAAAUUCAUAACGAAUUUAAGUAACUUAAUUUUUUUUUGGUUUCAGGUGAUAAAUCUUGUACGGCAUAUCUAUUCUGUAAACGUAAAUUUCAAUCUCAGUACAAGUUUACCCCCCUUGCCAUAAAGCAGCAUACGAAAAACGCAGGCAAUUGGCAUGAAACGGGUAAUAUUAGCGUAAUAAAACUUUUACAUAAACGUUUAUUUAUACUUGAGUCCUAAUGGUACUGUGAGUCAGACAAUGAGUCAUUUAAACAAAAAAAGAAUCCCUGAAUGCUAACUGUUGUCGAGUCAGUGUUUAACCCUGCCUUAUAAAUAUAGACACUCUGUAUGGAUAUUUAUGACGAAAGCGUGUUACGAAAACGACGUCCGCAGGUAGCCAAAGAGAGGCUCACUAUGGUUAGUGCUUACCCAGUCACUGAAGUCAGUGCUUAAACCUAAUCACUGCGUAUUUUCAGCACUCAACGCUGACUCAUAACUUGACUCGUAACUUAUAGACUCAUUUGACUCAUAAAGCAAGCUUUCUCACGACAUGAAGGGAAAACCGAAAACUACUUUUUGAGCGAGGGACGCCAACCGGAAGUGGACCUUUUUUUGUCAUGUUUUUGUGGACCUUACGGUGCACAACGUUCAAUAGCAUCAUCAUUUUGAUCUUACUGACCAAUAAAAACGUCGCAUUCAUUCAUUACGGUACUGUUUGUGAACGGUAAACAAAGGAUUGUGCACCAGGAGCCUCCAACAUAAACUGCAGCACCGCCGUCGUCUUACUUUUGAAGCGUGCCGGCUUUGAUAACCAGUCUCCCAUCAUAUGAGCAUAUGACUAGAUUUAGAUCGUGAGAUGUUGUGCCAACGAACCACAAAAUUCACGAUUAAUUAGGCAGUCCAGUUGCCUGCUAAAACCUACACUUUGUAAUAGUGACUUAAUUUGCUUUUUUAGGACUCUUGGAUCAAGCUUGGACCAGCGUCAAAGUGAAUACAUUCAUAAGUGAUGAGCUGCAGCCAGAUAAAGAAUUUCAUGAUGUGUAUAAUGAUGCUAUUGAUUCCUUGUACAAAGAAUUACAAAGAGUCUUGCGGAAUACAUCCUAUGGAAUUCAUAACUUGAUCGAGGUUAGUGGCGCAUAAGCCUCCCCCCACCCCACCCAAACGAAAGACGCCAAGGUAAUAGAAUCAUUAUAGAUGUCGGGGCGUGACUGUUAAAAUGUUUAUUCUUAAUAUACGCAAUGCGUAGUUAAAAAAUAAUACAGUGAAAGAUACUGGGAGAUGGUAAAAUUGGAAAUACAAGCAUGGAGGUAACGAAAUGCAUACCAAAUCGUGUUUUUACCCUUAACUUUUACAAUUAACGUAUCCGAUGGACUGAUACUUUUGCCCUGGAGGUCCUUCAGUGCCGAUCCAGAAAGGUUUCAGGAGUAGGACUAACUAGGGUCGAGACGCUGCGAAACUAUACAGGGUGUCCCGAAAGUUCGUUCCUCUAAUUUCAUGCACUAUAACUUUUGAUCAAAACUUUAUUUUUACAUGAAAUUUCUACAAGAUGUUUAUUUCUCUAUCGAGUACAUGUCUUCAGAAUUUCAGUAACUGGCAUGUCCUUUUUGUUUUUUAUCACAUUCUGUAGCCGUUGCGUCUUGAAGUGGGAUACAGCGUGUAGACCCACAGAUGAUCCAUUUUGAGCUUUUUUAUCACCUGGUGCGCAGCAGCCAGUUCAACCCCCAAACAAUAUUUGUUUAGUUUAGACAGCUGAAAAAAAACUUAUUUUGGGCAUUCAUCCAAAAAAGAUAAUCAUCCCCGCCCCCUUCCACAGCAAGGCUUUUGUACUUCUUUACAAAUUUGAGACCAGCUGGGCGUUACUUGGCAGACUAAGCAGAGUUUUUUUUUGCCACCUCAGGGGCCAUUAAACUUAAACAUUUUAAACACCUUUUCAUGACCCUUUCGGGACUUGGCUGGUUAACUAUGUGAGAGCUUCCUCGUCGAGUCUCCUAUUUUGUAUCUAGCCUUCUUUAAAACUAUUUUAGCUGCUUUUGGUCUUCCCCUUCGUUUCUUGCCUUCAAAACUUCCAUUUCUCCAUGAUCAUUUUACUGCCCAACAUUCGAAUUUUUCCAGUUUUUUAAGCAGUUUCUACAACAGAUAGGCCAGUAAAUCGAAGUAUACAUGCUUAUGCUCUCACGUAGCUGAGCUUUUUUUCGUUAAGGGAGUUUAUUUUUCUUGAUAUUCACAAAAAACAAGGAAGGAGUUCGAGUAAUUCGGGCUAUAAAAUACAAAAAAAAAAAGUGGCUGCAAAAAAAAAAAAAAACGCGUACGGGCACCUUUGGCGCGGAAGUACACAAAUCGAAUAUUCGAGUCAAAAGAUGGCACCAUCAGUAUAAAAAUAGUGAAUUGGAUUGAAAGACACAACUUUUCUUCAAAUGAUUUGCUUACCAAGUCCAAUUGUACUGAAAUACAGACUUAUAAAGUAGAGGAACGAACUUUUGGGAUACCCCGUAUAGCACGAAAGUGACUGAAAAAAUUCCGGCUAUGAAUAGAUUCUGCAUACCCACCUUGUCUUUGUAGGGCGGAUCCAUUGCAAAAGGAACUGCAUUAAAAAAGCACUCCGACUUGGAUUGCGUGAUGGUCACGAAGAGUAUUAAAGACGCUAACCAGUUGAGCGGGAAACUACCCGUCAUCUUGCCUGAACUAGAGUCACGACUGCAGGGGAGCUGGAAAGGGGACCCAUGGCAACUGGAUUCCAUAGAGACCACUAACUUCUCCGUGCAGUUUAAUAUGUCUCGUUCUUCUGAAGAGUUAGUUAAGGUCGAUCUCUUACCAACAUUUGAAGCAAACGUAGGCACCGAUGCUGGUACGUACCUAAACACAAGCAGGCUAGUUGCGUUGCUCAUAGAUUAAGUUUGUCAGUACGUGGCUUUCUUCCCAAGCCAUUGAUAAUUCAACAAAACUUCAUUCUCAGGGUUCUCCCAUUUUUAAUAAAAAAUUCAUCACUCCAAAAACUUUAAGAGGAAUGGGGUUAAGUUUUCGGCGCAAUGAUGUCUAGGAACGUUUGGGUAGACAGCGUUAGUUAUUGCGUUAGUUGUGACUGGUCGAUGGUACUCAAGGGUUGUUUACCAUUUGCAAAAUGUUUCCGGAAAAUCCGGUUGGAAAGUAAAUGGAACAAGACUCUUUGGGUCGUUAUAGCGGAAAAUUUCCGGAAGCAACCAAACAUCUGGAAAGGUAGUUCUGUUUUGCCGGACGGAGUGUCUUAUAAACGGAAAUUCGAGUUCCAUUUAUUCACGGCCAUCUUUGAUACCAGUUUCAGGCCUUCGUGGUCGUUUGUUGGUAAAUAGAACUGAUUUGCACAAAUGUUAAACGCAAUUCUGGGACAAAAUUUACUAUCCCUGAAGUUUGCUUACCAUUUAUGAAACGAUUUAUGAUUUCUUAGUAAAUCUUUUAUUAUGUUGAAUCUGCUGAGGAACGAUUUAUACUUUCUCAGAACGAGCAGAGUUUUACAUGCAAAUGGUGCACGAUGAAGAAAACUGGGAAUACUAUUCGGCUGCUAUUGUGAAGUUACAAGUAGAGUUCGUCAAGAAACUGCCUGCAAACGUAAAAGACCUGAUUCGCUUAGUAAAGUAUUGGCGCAAGACGUACAUCCCACAGAGUGGUAGUAAGCACCUCCCCCCCUUCUAUCUGUUGGAACUUCUAACCAUACACGCCUGGGAAAAUGCAAAUCGUCCAGAGAGAUUUGACGUGAAGAUUGGUUUUAAAGCUGUUAUGGAGGCUCUAAAGAAUCCCCACAAUCUUCGUGUUAUUUGGGAGCAUUACUACAGAAGGGAGUUAAUUCCAAGCAGGUACAUUCGUAAGGUGUUUAAAAAUACCUUUCCUCAACGUUUAAAAGAGCUGCUUUUUACAUUCUCAAGGAGUCAGGCCGUCUCGGUUGUUAAUAAAACAGUGGAAAUUUGAGAUACGUCCGUCACCAAUACCCCUUCCCAUGACGCCUUAGGUGCUUUUUGCAUGCUUGUUUUACUUUAUUUUAAUCAGAUGUAAAACCCGCUAGGAAUGACUCUCGAGACAAGAAAUUCGUGAAAACGUUACGGUACUUGAAAGACACCGUAAUUGCAGAAAUGUUCUUUCAUUGUAAAGGUUUAUUUAUUACAUACCGCAUUUAUUCGAAUAAGCGCCCAACCCCGAAUUAGCGCCCAUGCACCUCGAAUAAGCGCCCAUCCUAAUGGCUGAAAAAGUUAAUAGGCGCGUGAUUUCCCGCUUGUUAAUAUCUCAAGAGUUAAGAGUCUUUACGAUAAAAUUGAAUAAGUACUGAUCACUAGCGACGGUGUUUUCCUCAGAGCAUUUUACAGCAACCUUGCUUUGUUACAUCUUCGCAUUUUGUUAUUACCAUUUAUUGUUUUGUUGCAAAAUAAACUGAACAUACUACACUUGCUGAAAAUGGUGAAAAUUUAACAAGCGCCCAGCCUCGAAUAAGCGCCCACCCUCAAGGUCCAAAAAUUUAAUAAUCGCCCGGGUAGUCUCCUUCGCAGCCGUUUUUACCAGGGCGGUUAAUCAAAUAAAUACGGUAUUUCCCUCUUGCGUUUCAGACUUCGGCAGGGCCCAUAUGUUUUUGACCCCGCAAACCCAACCAACAACCUGUACGCUGAUGUUGACAGUUGGGGUGAGGUGAGAGAGGUUGCAGAAGAAACCCUACGGAAACCUCUUCUAAGUGGUGUACAGGUUACUGAUGACUGG